ACGUCAUAUAGGUACCGUAUGAGCUUUUGCUGGGAGAGGAACGGAGGGUCGAUCUGAGCUGUAUAGAGAGUACAGUAGCAGGAUGAAGAAGCUAGAGCAAAAGCUCGGGCUUUAUGUAGUGAGGGUAGAGGUAGAAGUAGUGGAAGUAGAGAAGGUGGUGCUGGUGGUGGUGGUGGUGAAGAAGACCCGUGGAGAAGGAGGAGUAGAAAAGUGAGAAGCUCGUCGGGUCUUUUACGCGCGCGCUCGUGUGUCCGGCUCUGCGUCAGUGCCAGUGCGAUCUCCCACGGGCUGACGAAAGCACCGUGAGAGCACUAGACUAAACUACUGUACUAGAACUAUACUACGUUACUAGAGUAGAGUAGCAGGCGGCGGCGACAACAGACGCGAGGACACGAUCGAGUGCUUGACAAUUAUAGGAGGAUUAUUGUUGUUGGUGUUAUCGGAAAACACUCAAGACACUUGCUGUUGUGAGAACCCUGUGCUCCAUUACACCAACAUACCUAUAUAUUUAUAUACAUAUAUAUUUAUAGAUAUGUGUAUAUAAUCGGACGCAGGUACGUCCGCAGGUUAAAUAUGCUCCAGGAGGAGCCUCGGUCAAGGUCAGAUCCGGGCGACAGCUGGGUGAUUUGUGAUUUUUAAAUAAUAAUUAUUGAUUUAUUUAUUUAUUAUUGACUCGGCAAGUGCGACGAAGACAAUUUUAUUUUUUAUUUAUUUUUAUUAGUCAUAUAUUUGAUAUUGUGUGUACCAGCUAAUUUUGGCAGGCCUAGAGAAAAACAAGUGGCAAGUGGGUAGACAUGCUGACCGAGAAUCAUCAGAUCGUGUGCCGGGAAUAUUGGCGUCGUCGUGUGUCGUUUAGAUAACGAGUUAUCUUUUAUUUUUUAUUUGAUACAAAUAAAUAAUUGAUGAAUUAUGUAUUUAAAAUAAAGCUCAGUGGCUGCAAUCGAAAAUAAAUAAGUAAAAACGAGGGAGAGACAGGGAGAGACAGAAGAGGACUGAGCGUGUAAGGAGAGCAAGUGAUAAGCAACUGAUAGGUUUAUGAGUUUAUAUUUGUGGACUAGCGAGUUUGCUGCAUCGGAGUAUCAUCGGUGAUGACGAUGGAGACGACGAGGAGGAAGAGGAUGAUGAUGACGAUGAUGCUGGAGGGCACGUUGCCAAAGCGUGAUUGGCCGGCGGUGCCGCGUGUGCGGCUGUUCCUGUCACGUUUGUACUCGAGGUUAUCUAAAGCCUCGUGAGUACAGCCAGGGUUUAACACACGAUUGAUUGUUUACGGAGGAUGCCGGGCUGCGACUUGCGGAUUACAAGCCGCCGUCGUCGUCGUCGGCAUCACUGUAAUAUUUGUCCAAUAGAUCACUAUCAAUCUAACAGUUGCUACUGUAAUAAUCAUAAUCAGCGUCAGCAUCAUUAUCAACAAGCUCGGGGCAAUACAGAUCUCAAGGGUUGCAAUAAACGUUCAGUGUUUAUUUGUGUUAAAUCGGCGUGACUGUGACGUGAUGAUGUCUAUCGGUUUAUUAGUGACAUUGAGCUAAGGCCAAUCGGUACAAAUAAAUAUUAAAAAAAUAUUGAAAGGGAUAUUAGAUAAAUAAAUUGAGUAAUAAAAAGUAAUUAAUUAGUAGUAAAUAAUAAACGUUGAGGGAACAAGGGUUUAAAAGUAAUUUAUCAGCGUUAUUCCACCGUCAAACAUGGCCUCGGUGGCAGCCUGGCUGCCGUUUGCCCGCGCGGCGGCGAUCGGUUGGGUGCCGAUCGCCACACAUCCACUGCCACCGCCGCCGAUACCCAAAAACAGACGGAAAGCUGAUGACGAGAAGCUCCUUAUAAAUGUCAGUGGUCGUCGUUUCGAGACGUGGCGCAAUACCCUCGAGAAGUAUCCCGACACUCUCCUCGGUUCAAAUGAACGUGAGUUCUUUUACGACGAGGACAGCAAAGAGUACUUCUUCGAUAGGGACCCGGAUAUAUUUCGACAUAUAUUAAACUAUUACAGAACGGGAAAGCUCCACUACCCGAAGCACGAGUGUCUGACUAGCUAUGACGAGGAGCUCGCGUUUUUCGGCAUUCUCCCCGACGUUAUUGGCGACUGUUGUUACGAAGACUAUCGGGACCGCAAGCGCGAAAACGCUGAGCGGUUGAUGGACGACAAAUUGAGCGAAAAUGGCGAACAAAAUUUGCAACAGCUCACAGACAUAAGACAGAAAAUGUGGCGGGCAUUUGAAAAUCCCCAUAUAUCCACAGCCGCGCUUGUAUUUUAUUAUGUUACGGGAUUUUUCAUAGCCGUAAGUGUGUUGGCAAACGUCGUCGAGACGGUGCCUUGCGGGGCGCGCCCUGGACGUGCUGGUACACUAUCAUGUGGUGAACGAUAUAAAAUUGUUUUCUUUUGUCUUGAUACCGCAUGUGUUAUGAUAUUCACUGCUGAAUAUUUAUUGAGGUUAUUUGCAGCCCCGAGUAGAUGUAAAUUUGCACGGUCAGUAAUGUCGAUAAUUGACGUGGUUGCUAUUUUACCCUACUACAUUGGCCUUGGUAUCACCGACAACGACGAUGUCUCGGGGGCAUUUGUUACAUUACGUGUCUUCCGUGUAUUUCGUAUUUUCAAGUUUUCACGUCACUCCCAGGGUCUAAGGAUCCUCGGCUACACAUUGAAGUCAUGCGCAUCUGAACUUGGGUUCCUUGUAUUCUCACUUGCCAUGGCCAUCAUAAUAUUUGCCACGGUUAUGUUUUACGCUGAAAAAAAUGUCGAGGGUACCAAUUUCACUUCCAUACCUGCGGCAUUCUGGUACACCAUCGUUACAAUGACCACUCUUGGAUAUGGUGACAUGGUACCGGAAACGAUUGCGGGUAAAGUUGUUGGUGGUGUCUGCUCAUUGAGCGGAGUACUGGUGAUAGCCCUGCCUGUGCCUGUGAUUGUCAGUAACUUCAGUAGAAUUUAUCACCAGAAUCAACGUGCUGAUAAAAGAAAAGCUCAGAGGAAAGCGAGACUGGCACGUAUCAGGAUCGCGAAGGCGUCAAGUGGUGCGGCAUUUGUCAGCAAAAAGAAAGCUGCUGAGGCGAGAAUCGCUGCACUGGAAAGUGGAUUACAGACGGAUGAAACUUACAGAGAGGAAGAUAUUUUUGAGCUUCAGCAUCACCAUCUUCUUCGAUGUUUAGAAAAGACCACGGAUCGAGAGUUUGUGGAGAUGGAUGUACCAUUCAAUGGGGCACCAAAGAGACCAGGUUCACCAUCGCCAUUGACAUCUCCAGCCCACAGCACAGCAUCGCGUGGUGGACUACUGCAGUCAUGCUGCGGUCGUUGUUAUCCUCAGCGUUAUCAGAGCUUAUCGUAUCAGCUAACAUCCAACGAGAACAAGGAUAGAGUGGUGCUGGUUUACAGCGACCGUAUUGAAGUACGCAAAAAGGACCUUAAGAAGCGCGGUUCCCACCACACCUGCGACAUGCAGGCCCUACAGUCACUUCCGGUCCCCAUCACCACCACCAACACCACCACCACCACCAAUAAUACUUCUACUACUACUACUACUACUACUACUACUACUUGUACUACUACCUGUACUACGUCUGUCAUGACUUCUGGUGGGCAGCCACCGCUUCGGGUAUCGGAGACCGCUUGAAUCCGAUGAUCGAGCCGCGUUGUUGAUCUACGUCUUCGAUCAAGAAAAUGAUUCUGCUCGUCUUAUGUCUUAUGUCAGAGAUCACAUGGCCGUGUCCCUGUCUGCCCGAAUUUAACGUAAACAUAAAUGGUCAGUGGAGGGUCCAACGAAGGGAUGGCUAACAAUAAAAAAUAUAAUAAUAGCACUGGAUUUUUAAUAUAUAUAAAUAAUGAUUAUAAUUAUGAUAAUAAUAAUAUUAAUAAUUCUUUUUUUUUAUAUAAUUAAAUUAUAAUAAAUAAUAUAAAGGUAGAAUUUGUUAGACCGACAGACUUCCUUUGUAUCUUUGUACUCAAGUCGGUCACAAAACAAAAAAUUACUACGCCCUCGUUCUUUCACGCGAUCAAUUGUUGCUUCCGGUUGUAAUUUACCGGUCGCUUCAAAUUUAAUAAAUACUCAAAUAAAAAAAAAAUUAAUAAUAUUAAUAAUAAUAAUAAUAAUAAUAACUUAUUAUUUAAUAAAUCGUCUCUUGUAAAUAUUUAUUUUUUUUCUGUUGAAAAAUAAAAAAAAUAUAGAUAAUUAAUAAAUUUAAAAAUCUAAUUAAAAAUUGGAAGUAUUUAGAAUAUAUUGUAGUACAAGUCUUGCAAUAAAAUAAAUUCUAAAAGGUUCCAAAAUAGUAGAAAUUAAAGUGGGCAAAAUAAUUAAAAAAAAAUCAAUUAAUUAAUUAAUUAAUUAACAAAAGAAAAAAAAUGUUUAGAUUUUGAAAGUGUAUAGAUUUGUGUCGAGUAUUGAGUGAAGUAAUGAGGAUAAUUAUAUAAAUAUAUAUAAAAAAAAUAUAUUAAUAGUCGUUGGGAUUCAAAAAUAUAAAUUAGUAGUGUGGAAUUUUGGACUUUAUGAAAUUGUUAAUUAAUUAAGUGAAAGAGUCCGUGUGUUUAAGUGUAAAAAUAUUUAAAUACUUAUUAAUUCUCGAUAGAUUAUUAUUAUAUAAAUGUUAUAGUUGUUUAAGUAAAGUAUAAAUAUAUAAUAUGAUAUAUAUAUUAUAUACAAGUGCUGAUAGUACCUUGCGAUAAAAUCGAGACAAAGCCGAUAUGCGAACGAAAGAUCGGUGAGGGACAAGCAAGCUUUUACACACAAUCAACCCUCUUUUAUCAACAACCUGUUGCUUAUUCCAAUAUUUUCAUCACUAAUUCUUGAAUUUAUUUUUCAUUUUUUCGUAUCUACUUUUUUUUUUUUAAGUCAAUUAUCUAAAAAUUUCUUUUUGUACAGAGACACUAUUGAUUUUUUUUACAAGUUAAAAAAUCUAUAGAAAUGUUGGAAGCGCGAGUGUUGUUAUUUGAAAAUUUAAUUUAUUUUUAAAAAAUGUGAAUUUUGAUGUUAGGAAUCGGAAGCGAAUAAUUGAGAAUUUAAAAUGAUUAAAAACAAAUGGAAAGUUUGAUAAACUGAAAGUAUGUAAAAAAAUUUUGGAACAAAAACAGUUAAUGGGAUAUAUUGUGUAGUUUUUGUGUAUGAAAAAUUAUAAUUUAGGAUAAAUUAUAAAAUUUAGUUUUGUUUUAUUUUUAUUUCAAAUUUUACUACUUAAUAUUUUUUAAGGACGUUCUUGCGUGAGGCUUAAUAUUAGAUAAAAAUUCAAAUUUUAUAUUUUUGGGAAGAAUGAAUCAAUAAUUAUCGUUCUUGAAAAUUUCAAUGUAUGGUAUCGAUCAUUUGAAAAAGCUAUUAACGAUUAAAAAUCAAAGUUUUAACACAGAGUCUUAUGGGAAACUAUAACUUUUUAUGUUUCAACUUUAUAAAAAAAGUAUUAUUAGAAUAGACAAAGGGACAAAUAAUGUUUCAAAAUAUUCUUUAAUUUAUGCUAAUGAUAUAACCGUUGUAAAGAAAUAGUUUUAUCGAUGAUUUGAAUUAUUUAUUAAUAAUUAUAGUUAGUAAAACUGAAAUCAUGACGUCACUAUUGGCUAUUUUGAAAACCGGCAACGGCGCGCGAUGAAAAAAAAUACGUUUGUAAACAUAGACAAAGGUGUUCAUGCCUAAUAACACGUGUUUCGAGCAAGAAUCUGGAGUAAGUAUCUUGAGCAAGACCCCUAGCUGCUAGUGUCUUUUUCUACGUAUGUCUUUCGCAAGAUCGUGUAUCAAGAAACCUACGUCAAGAUUUGUGUAUGUCUUGCUCAUUGUAUUGUACGCAAGAGUAUUAAAGAAAUCUUGAACACGGUGCAAUGAAAAAGUGUCUAACGCAUUUCUUGCACCAGUAUCUUACAAUAGGUUCUUACGCAUGGCUUGCUCAAGUUCUGCUCAAGGCUCAAGGUAAAUUUUGAGCCUUGAGCAGAUCUUGAGCAAGCCAUGCGCAACUAUUUUCAACUAUAGUCUAACUCCAGAAUUGAGUACACACCUCCGACCAGACCUUCGGAGUACGCACGGGGUCAAAUUGACCUCACUUCACUUUUGAAGAGUUAUAUCUCAAAAACUAUGCAUUUUAUCGGAAUGCAAGUCAUGACGUUUUUUGUAGGUAAAACAAUGCUCUUUUGAAUACAACUACCAUUAUUUCGAAUUAACUAAUUUUUAACGGUGAAAAAAUUAAUUAAAAUCAAAUUUAACUUGAGAAAUAUUUCAGGAUAAAAAAAAUUCUGGGGUCGAAAAGACCCCCAGUGUACUCCGAGGGUUAAAUCUGGUCACAAAUAUCUGCAGCAAGACACAUACGUAGAGAAACACUAGCACCUAUCGAUCUUGAGAGCAGACUUGCUCCAGAAUUGAGAAAGAUUGUUAUAUGGGCAUAAAAUUAUUGGAGGUUAUUUUGAAACUUUCGAAAUAUUUAAGUUAUUUGUUCAAUCACAAGUAAUUAAACAAAUUCCCUUUUAAAAGAGUCAUGAUCAUUUCUCACAUUAUAAUAAUUAUUCUUAUUAUUAUCGUCCAUGAUAUGUAUUAAUCAGAUAUUGGCAUAUAUAUGUAUAUAUUGAGAUUUAAAAAUUGCGUUAUUGCCGGAUUUAUUAUGAAAAAAAGUCAAAGUAUUGUUUAGUUAAGAAAUUUACAUUUUUUACAAUAACUGUUACUUAAAUAUUUUCGAUAGUUCAAAAAAAUUGACAAAUUAUUGAUAUAUUUUCAAAACUUUAAUAGCCUCAGAAUUAAAUUUGGAACAGUUAGCCCUUAUUUGACUCACAAGCAACGCAAGAAUGUCCUUAAAUUAAUGCGACUUUUAAAUUAUGUACUGCGGAUUUUGAAAUUUCCAGAAACGAAUGAUCAAAAGAUUUGGAUUUUUUAAUUGAAUUUUGACUAAAAUUUUGAUAUGUUAAAAAUUUGUCCUAAUUGUAGUUGCUUAUAGUAUUGAUCAUAAAAAAUGUGUUUUUUUUUAUCCCUAAAUUGGCUGAUUGAUGAAAAAAUUGAUGAACCUAAAAAAAUAAAAAAAUAUAUAAUCACCCCUGGUGGAAAUUUUUCAACAUCUUCUCUGAAAAACUCAGUUCUAAAGUUCUAAAGACUGUUUCAAAGUUCUCAAGACUUUUUCAGAGUUUUUCAGAGAAAAGUCCAAAAAAUUUCCACCAGGGAUAACUAUUUAUUUUUCAUUAAUCUCUGAACAAAUAAUUUAAAUUUAUAUAAAAAAAAAUUACAUUUUUUAUGAGCAAAUUUGAAUAAUUAUCAAUUCUAUUAUUAUAAACAUUCAAUUACUUAAUACUUAUUAUUAAUGUGAUAAUUGCAAAAAAAAAUCUGAAUAAUUAUUUUUCUCAGAAUUAAAAAUUAUAAGUAAAUAAUAGGGCAAUUAAAUAUCUAACUACAUUCCACGUAAUGAGAAAAUGAGAAUGAGAAAGUAUAAGGGUCUUGUAAUUAAUGCUAUCGAGCUGCUGGCAGAUUUCGUAUAAUUAUAGUAAUUUUAAAAAAUAAAAUAAUAAAUAUAUUAAAUAUUAAAUUUAACAAAAGUUUAAGUAAAAAAAAAGUAAAAUAAUUAUUAAAAUAAGUUAGGCAAAUUUCUUCAGUGUUGUGAUUAGUCGUGUGUAAAAUAAUAAAUAUAAUAAAUAAUUAUAAAUAAUUUUACGUAUAAAUCUGAGGGUGACUGUCUGUACAAAAUAAAAUAUAAAUAUUAAAAUAAUUUGAAUUUAAAUUUAAAUUUAAAUUAAGACAAGACAAUAGUCAGUCUUUGGUGCAUGAAAAAAUAAAAUAUUAUAUAAUAUGUCUUUCAAUUUACUACCGUACUGCCAAUAUUUUCUGAAAAAAACUUAACUUGUAUUUUAAAUAAUUAAUUUAA